AUGUAUCUAUCUAUCUAUCUAUCUAUCUCAUUCUGCUCAUAUGCAUGCAUGUAUGUAUGUAUCUAUCUAUCUAUCUCAUUCUGCUCAUAUCUAUCUAUCUAUCUAUCUAUCUAUCUAUCUAUCUAUCUCAUUCUGCUCAUAUGUAUGUAUGUAUGUAUGUAUGUAUGUAUCUAUCUAUCUAUCUACCUCAUUCUGCUUAUAUCUAUGUAUGUAUGUAUGUAUGUAUGUAUGUCUGUAUCUAUCUAUCUAUCUAUCUAUCUAUCUAUCUCAGUCUGCUCAUAUGCAUGUAUCUAUCUAUCUAUCUAUUUAUCUCAGUUUGUCUGUCUGCAAGCUGUUGAUUAUCUAGCUUGCAACCUAUCACAGACAGUUCAUAUCUAUCUAUCUAUCUAUCUAUCUAUCUAUCUAUCUAUCUAUCUAUCUAUUGUUAUAGGCUAUUCAUAUCUAUCUACCUCAAUAGCAGACUGUUCAUUAUCUAGUUCUCUGUCAAUGUUCCUAUCUAUCUAUCUAUCUAUCUAUCUAUCUAUCUAUCUAUCUAUCUAUCUAUCUAUCCUUGUCUCUUCGUUAUUAUCUAUCUAUCUAUCUAUCUAUCUAUCUAUCUAUCUAUCUAUUGUUGGAAUCACCGGUAACAUUCUAUCUAUCUAUCUAUCUAUCUAUCUAUCUAUCUAUGUUUGCCAAAUGACCAAAGAUGAGCCACAAUCUAUCUAUCUAUCUAUCUAUCUAUCUAUCUAUCUAUCUAUCUAUCUAUCUAUCUAUCUAUCUCAGUUUGUACACAUCUAUAUAUUUAUCUAUCUCAAUCGUGUGUUCACACCUAUCUAUCUAUCUAUCUAUCUAUCUAUCUAUCUAUCUAUCUAUCUAUAUCUAUCUAUCUAUCUAUCUAUCUAUCUAUCUAUAUAUAUAUAUAUAUAUAUAUAUAUAAUCUGUGUAUCUAUCUAUCUAUCUAUCUAUCUAUCUAUCUAUCUAUCUAUCUAUCUAUCUCAGUUUCUGUCAAGUUCAGUCUGUACACAUUUCUAUCUAUCUAUCUAUCUAUCUAUCUAUCUAUCUAUCUAUCUAUCUAUCUAA